CACACAUUUGUUCUCAUGUGCAUAAUUACAAUGUCAGCCUAUAAAUAGUGCAGCCAUUAGGUGGGUGUUACUCAUUCUGUUGCAGUUCUCUCGAGCAGCAACACCAUGCCUGAACCAGCUAAGACCGCGCCUAAGAAGGGCUCCAAGAAGGCCGUGACCAAGACGGCAGGUAAAGGCGGCAAGAAGCGCAGAAAGACCAGGAAGGAGAGUUACGCCAUCUACGUGUACAAAGUGCUGAAGCAGGUGCACCCUGAUACCGGGAUCUCCUCUAAGGCUAUGGGCAUCAUGAACUCGUUUGUCAACGAUAUUUUUGAGCGCAUCGCCGGUGAGUCUUCUCGUCUGGCUCAUUACAACAAGCGCUCCACCAUCACCUCUAGAGAGAUCCAGACAGCCGUGCGUCUGUUACUUCCCGGAGAGUUGGCCAAGCACGCCGUGUCUGAGGGCACCAAGGCCGUCACCAAGUACACCAGCUCCAAGUAAAGCAAUGACCGUGUGAAGUCUGGAGCCCAUGGAUAUCACCAAAGACUGGGUUUCCUCCUUUCUGAUGCUUUGCCAGACCUUAACUGCAGCUGUCUUCAGUUGAUCUUUGUUCAUGGGUUUGCUCUGUGUUUAGUUUUGCCUUCAGCAAAUGAAAUGCAUGUUCAAUUUGGUUGAGAUCAGGUGAUUGACUCUGCCAUUGCAAGCUAUUCCAUUUCUUUCCCUUAAAAACCUCCUGGGUUAUUUUUGCAGUGUGUUUUGGAUCAUUGUCCAUCUGUACUGUGAAGUGCCAUCCAAUCAACUUUGCUGCAUUUGGCUUAUUAAUCUGGGCAGACAGAAUAUUCCUAUACAAUUCAGAAUUCGUCCAGACGCUUCUGUCUUCUGUCACAUCAUCAAUAAACACCACUGACCCAGUGCCACUGGAAGCCAUGCAUGUCCGUGCCAUUACACUGCCGCCACUAUGUUUUACAGAUGACGUUGUAUGCUUUGGAUCAUGAGCUGUUCCAAGCCUUCUCCAUCCUUUUCUCUUCCCGUCAUUCUGGUAAAGGAUGAUCCUAGUUUCAUCUGUCCAAAGAAUGCUUUCCAGAACUGGACAGGCUUUUCUAGAUGUUUUUUUUUUUUUUUUUUUUUCUUUUUUUCCCCAAAGUCUAAUCUGGCCUUUCUAUUCUUGAGGCUAAUGAAUGGUUCGCGAUCAUCUACUACUGUUGUCUUCUGUGGACAGCCAGGCCUUUUUAUGUUGCUGAGCUCAACAUUGCAUUUUUUUUCCCUCAGAAUGUACCAAACUGUUGAUUUGGCCUCCUAUCACCAUCACUGGCCACUCCUAAUGUUCCUGUUAUCUCUUUAAAGGAUUUGUUUUGUUUAUGAAGCCUAAUGAUGGCCUGUUUUGACUUGCAUGGAGAGCUUUUUUGAACACAUGAUGUAGGUUGACAGAAACAGAUUCCAAGUACAAAUAUCACACUUAGAAUAAACUCCAGACCUUUUACCUGCUUAAUUGAUGAAGAAAUAAUGAAGGAAUAACCUACACCUGUCCAUGAAACAGCUCUUGAUUCAAUUGUCCAAUUACUUUUGGUCCUGAAAACGGGGGUGGCUACUCUCAAGAGCAGAAAUUCCUAAACCCUUCCUCCAAUGUGGAUUUAAAUACCCUCAAAUUAAAGCUGAGACUGCACUUUCAGCCCACUAUACCUAUACAACUAUAGCUUCAAUUUUUUUUAUUUUUUUUUUUGCAAAUACCUAAGGAAAAAAAGCAAAAAUUGUGCAUGUGUCCAAAUAUAUUUGGACCUAACUGUAUAUGCAAUUUGUAAUCUAGGUUGAAAGAUUAUCAGUCAAGAAAUAAAUGUAUUGUUGCAAUUUUGAAAUUUGGCCAACAACAUAUAAGAUCAAAUAGUAUUCAUAACAGUAAGUUUUAAUUAUGUAAUUUAUUGCUUUUAUUUUAGUUUUCUCAUUGUUGUUGAUAGUAGUAGUAGUAGUAGUAGUAGUAGUAGUAGUAGAAGCAAUAUUCUAAAAUGUGCAAAAGUAACACUGGGUAAAAAAAAUACUAAUAUUUGCUACAAAUGAGAUUUCUAAGGUGUGAGCAACCUUCAUUUCCAUGGCCACAUAGUGUUGUGGAUGGAUAUUGACCACCAUUGUUAUAUAUUUGUUUUUUUGUUUGUUUUUUAGC